CCUACCCUUUUACGGUGUAAGAUAUUUUUCAAGACAAGUCCAAACCGAUAUAUCUAUUUCAUGUAUUUUUCUGGACCGAAUCUUCAUAAAUGGAUAGACAAUUACACACCCACCUCCAUGAAGAAGACGACCCGAGAUGUGAGACUCGUGUUGCCGUUAUCCAAUAACGUGUGGGCCCAUCUUCAAAAAUCAAAAUCAAAACACAGACUUUCAUUAUCACUGCAAAUUUACAGAAAUCCAUUCAACCAGAAAGCUGCAAACGAUCACCCUGCGAAGAUCCAAAAAAACUCCCUUUUUCUCUGCUACUAGUCCAACACCCUAUCUCCACUCCUCCAUCAACUCCCAAAAUGAGUUGAUACACCAACAUGGGUUCAUCGUUGUCUAAUUUGACUGAGUGGGGUCCGAUCGCCGGCGAUGGACCGGGACUCGGUGACAUACCCGAGAGCUGCGUGGCGUGUGUUUUUUUGUAUCUUACUCCGCCGGAGAUAUGCAAUCUAGCUCGCCUCAACCGUGCUUUCCGUAACGCAGCGUCGUCGGACGCCGUGUGGGAAUCGAAGCUUCCACAUAACUAUCAAGAUCUGCUCGACCUAUUGCCUCCUGAGAGCUACCAAAACUUGUGUAAGAAAGACGUGUUUGCUCUCCUUUCUCGCCCUGUCCCAUUCGACGACGGCAACAAGGUAGCAUGGUUGGAUAAGGUUACUGGAAGAGUUUGCUUGUCAAUCUCCACCAAAGCAAUGUCAAUAACAGGAAUUGAAGAUCGAAGAUAUUGGAAUUGGGUUUCUACAGAAGAAUCUAGUGUUUCACAGGUUCAACAUCGUAGCAUAUUUACAACAAAUAUGGUGGUUCGAAGUCGAUGGUUCCAUAAAAUUCCCACUCCCACCCGAUAUUUACACAUUAUCAUUUAGAAUACAUUUGGGAAGAUUUUCAAAAAGAUUAGGGCGACGUGUAUGCUAUUUUGAACACACUCAUGGGUGGGAUAUAAAGCCCGUAAGAUUUGAUCUAUCCACAUCCAACGGUCAAGAAUCAUCCACCGAAUGUUUUUUAGAUGAUUGUGUCGCAGAUGAGCCAAAUGGUUGCCAUAAAAGGGGUUGUUGGAUUGAGUAUAAAGUAGGCGAGUUUAUUGUAAGCGAGUCAAAUCCUGCAAUCGAAAUUAGGUUUUCAAUGAAGCAAAUAGAUUGCACGCAUUCGAAAGGUGGAAUUUGUGUAGAUAAUGUGUCUAUAAUACCGAGUAAUCUUGAAGUGCGUAGAAGGAGGAGCGCAUUGAAGUAAUUUGCUAGUUGGCCAUUGUGUACUUUUUUUUUUUUCGUAUGAUUUGACAGUGUGUGACAACUCAGGGGUUGCUUUUGCUUUUACGCUAGGGAUUGCAAAAAUUUGUGAUGUUGUUUGUAUCUUUUUAGUGAAUACAUGUAUUUGUUAGGAAAUAUAAUGGUUGUUAUAAUGUAGGAUGUCAUCUUGAAUGUUCUUUUUUGUGAUUAGGUUUGUUUCCUUGAUGUUUGUGAAUAAUUGUUACGAAUGUUUUUAUGAUCCGAUUUAGCUUCUACACAUCUAGUCGAAUCUUUCUCUACCAUUUUUUCAUGUAUCACAAAGGGGAUGUGAGACGAAACAAUAUGUAAUUGAUCCUCCUACACAAAUUGGUUG